UUUCUCUGUUUCUUUAAUUUUCUAAUUUUUAAUAGUAGUAUAUUACUCAACAUUCCUAAUAAUUAUUCCUUCCACACGUCAGCCAAUUCCUUACUAGUUUUACUUCACUUUUAACCUGUCUCUCUUCAAACUCUGCAAAAAACUACUACUUCUUUCCAUGGUGGUUUCUACAAAACCAUUUCAGUGAAUGUAGUUUACUUUACAUCUGAGUUGGUUCACAGCUGGGGGAUUAUUAUUCAGCUGUAUAUAUGAUCAGAGCUGGUAAUGCUGUGUCUAUCUGGCAUGAAUUGGCAACAAGGGUGAUAAUUAAAGGGAGGAAGAUUGAAGGGUUUUGAUUUCCUUGAUUGAGGUUGUGAAUAACUUGAGGGUAAAAUUUUUGUAGGGAUCAUGUCAGCUCUCCAGAAAUGGAAGUUUUCAUGGUCCCUUGCUGUCGCCGUUGCUUUGAUUUUGUCGUUGGUUUCGGUUAUUCAUCUGUUUUUGUAUCCCUUGGUCCCAUCUUUGGACUACUUGAGCAUUAGGCAAGCUGAAAGUUCUUGCCUCCGAGUUAAUGGAUCGGUUGGCGUAAGUGAAAGGUAUGUUCCGGUGAAGGGAUUAGAUAAAGAAGUGAAACAGGGUUCUAAAGGGAAUAUUGAGCCACCUGUGGUUGAUUUGGCGGCUCGAUAUCCAGCUGAUGGACAUAAUGCUGUGGUUUACCGGGGUGCGCCAUGGAAGGCUGAGAUUGGGCGAUGGCUGUCGGGAUGUGCCUCAAACAUCAAGAACAUUGAUGUUGUUGAGAAAAUUGGUGGGAAGAGCUGCAAAAAUGAAUGCAGCGGUCAGGGGGUUUGUAAUCACGACUUGGGCCAAUGUCGAUGCUUUCAUGGUUUUGAUGGGGAAGGAUGUUCUAACAGAUCAAUACUAGAAUGCAACCGAUACCAUUCAGAAACGGAGCCAUACGGGAACUGGAUUGUGUCGAUUUGUUCUGCUACAUGCGACACUACCAGAGCCAUGUGCUUUUGCGGAGAAGGAACAAAGUACCCAAAUCGCCCGGUUGCCGAGGCAUGCGGCUUUAAAAUAAACUAUCCUUCUAAAGAGGGUGAUCCACCUAUCACCAACUGGACAGUGGCCGAUAAGGAAAUCUUCACUACAAAUAGUAGCAAACGAGGAUGGUGUAAUGUGGAUCCUUCCGAAGCCUAUGAUAACAAGGUUCGCAUCAAAGAAGAAUGUGACUGCAAGUACGAUGGCCUUUGGGGCCGAUACUGCGAGGUGCCCGUUUCAAGUGUUUGUAUCAAUCAAUGUUCUGGUCAUGGACACUGUCGCGGUGGUUUUUGCCAGUGUAAGAAUGGCUGGUACGGAAUAGAUUGCAGCGUUCCUUCUGUUUCAUCGCCCAUUGGGGAGUGGCCAAAUUGGUUGCGACCAUCACAUGUUAAUGUUCCGGAUAGCACUCAACCAUCGGGAAAUGGUGUCAAUCUCAAUGCGACAGUGAAGAAGAAAAGACCACUUAUAUAUGUUUACGAUUUGCCUCCAAAGUUUAACAGUCUCCUACUUGAGGGACGCCAUUUUAAGUUCGAGUGUGUGAACAGAGUAUAUGAUGCAAGAAAUGCUACGCUAUGGACAGAUCAACUAUACGGUUCACAGAUGGCAAUUUAUGAAAGCAUAUUAGCCAGCCAACACAGAACACUAAAUGGAGACGAGGCAGAUUAUUUCUUUGUCCCAGUUCUUGAUUCAUGUAUCAUAACUCGGGCUGAUGAUUCGCCUCACUUAUCCAUGGAGGAUCACCAUGGAUUGAGAAGCUCCUUUGCUCUGGAUUUCUAUAAGAAGGCUUACGAGCACAUUAUGAUGCAGUAUCCAUAUUGGAAUCAAUCAUCAGGAAAAGAUCACAUAUGGACAUUUUCUUGGGACGAAGGUGCUUGCUAUGCCCCCAAGGAGAUUUGGAACAGUAUGAUGUUGGUUCAUUGGGGCAACACAAACACAAAGCAUAACCAAUCAACUACAGCAUACUGGGCAGACAACUGGAAUCAUAUUUCUGUAGAGAGAAGAGGAAAUCACCCAUGUUUUGACCCGGAGAAAGAUUUGGUACUACCUGCAUGGAAAGUUCCUGAUGUACAUUCUCUAAAUGCCAAGCUCUGGGCUAGGCCUCUUACAGAGAGGAAAACACUCUUCUAUUUUAACGGGAAUUUAGGACCAGCUUAUGAACACGGAAGGCCCGAAGCCACAUAUAGCAUGGGAAUAAGACAAAAGGUAGCCGAGGAGUUUGGAUCCACACCCAACAAGGAAGGGAAGCUUGGAAAGCAGCAUGCAAAAGAUGUGGUUGUAUCAUCGGUACGUGCAAAUGAUUAUCACGAAGAAUUGGCGAAUUCGACCUUCUGUGGGGUUAUGCCAGGAGAUGGGUGGAGUGGUCGUAUGGAAGAUAGUAUACUUCAAGGAUGCAUCCCUGUCGUUAUUCAAGAUGGAAUCUAUUUACCAUAUGAGAAUGUUCUCAACUAUGACAGCUUUGCUGUUAGAAUUCGGGAAGAUGAUAUUCCAAACUUGAUACAUAUUUUGAGGAAUAUCAGCACGGCUGAAGUAGAAUUUAAACUGGCAAAUGUAAGGAAGAUCUGGCGAAGAUUCUUGUACCGAAACUCUAUCAUGCUAGAAGCCGAAAGGCAGAAUGCUACAAUAGGGCUUGUCGAAGACUGGGCUACGAACUUCUCAGAACUUAAAGAAGAUGAUGUAUUUACAACACUUGUACAGGUUUUGCAUUACAAACUGCACAAUGACGCUUGGAGACAACAGAAUGAGCCCCAGACGAAAGACUAUGGAUUACCUGAAGGAUGCGCGAUAAGAACAUAUAGCCAAGAGCAAAAUGCAGAGGAUGACUAAUUUCAAUCUAAAUGGGAAUGCUUGAACCUGAAGGGCUUGGAGUGAACUUCCAUCAUCUCACAUCUGUCUCUGUAAGAUGAUCACCUCUACAUUUCUUAGAGCUUAGAAGAUUUUAGUUAUAGAACAGGAGGCCAAGCCAUUUCCCUGUCGAAAAGUUGUGUUUGGAGAAAUAGGAGAGAUCUUCAUGAUUCAUUUGUUUGUUAUGUAUACCAAACACUAUAAUAGAGAAAUUUGUGCAUUGAUUGAAAUAAAAGUUGCAUUGGGAUUUUGUGUUA